AUGGCUAAUAAACUUGAUACUAUUAAAGCAGCUGUGAAAGACGCACUAUAUGACGAAUCUAAGCCCUGGGGUAAAUUUUUCAAUUGGGCUGAAACACAAACAGGAGUCAAUAGAUUAAAUCUAUUUAUUGGUAAGAAAUACUUUACAUUUAUUUUUUAAUAAAAUGUUGUUAUUUAUUUCAUACAAAAUUACUAUAUUAUAACUACUGUUACUUAUUUGUUGAAAAUUGGAUAAUGUCGACAUUAGUUGAGUAAUGUGACAAGAGUCAAAUGUUAAUAUUAGUCAUCAUGCAUUUUUUUUAAAUCUAGGAUAAUUUUAACAUUAACCAGAUAUUUUUGUAUUUGUCAAUACAUUCUGGAUAGUAUGCAAUAACCAUAAUGUUUUUAAUAAGAAUUUCUGAUAAUUUAUGUUAUACAAUUUUAUUUUUAUAUUUAUUCUUACAAGGCAUGCUUCCAUGGCACUUAGAAUUACACAAUAUCAUUGGAGAUACACAUUUACAUCUAUUAGUGUCACAUUUAGCUUUGCAUAAACACCUUUUAUAUACUGGAUGAACUCUGCUUGAUAUCUUCUCUUUUUUGAAUAAAUCAAAAAAUUUAUUUUUUAUUAACAUGUUAGAAUUCAUAUUUAGGUACUUCAAAAAGAACAAACCUAUCUCGUCAAAAUGCAAAAACUAUAUUGUAAACAAUAUCAUGAAAAAAUUAGUUCAUCUAAGAUUAGAGUCCACUAGAAAUGUAUUAUGAUAAAAAUGAUCUAAUAUUCCUGUAGUGAUGUACACAAAUUUAGAUACUUAGGAUACGCAAUGAGCACUUAUUAAUUGUUAUACGAAACUUCUUCAUUCUUGAACUAACUGUUAACAUUUGAAUGGGACUCUGUGAUUUUUGUACUAUAUUCUCGCUCAUAAAAAUAUGCACUGAAAAUAAUACUAUUAGUAGUAAUUUUUGAUUAGUGUUGAAUAGUUUAUAUCAUGCAUAAAGAUAUACAUUAAUUAUGAUUUAUAUUAAAAUGAAUGCUUGAAUUAACAUAGUGUUAGUAAAUUUUAAUUUAAGUACAUUAAAUACCUAUUGUUACUCGCCAAUAUAACCUACCUUCACUGUUCAACGUUCAUGAUCCCUUAGGUAAAUUAUAGAUUAAAUUAAAUAACAUCAAAAUUAAUUAAUACAUUUAUUAAGUACAAAUAUGCAUUUGAUCACUUAAAAUACAAUAUUUUUUUUACAUGGCCAUCAUUUAUUAAUUAAUACGGUUAUUAUAGAAGUAAUGUAAUAAUACUUGAUACUAAAACUACUAAAUCUUGAUUUUAACUAGAGAUGUUCCUGGUACCCGGCAAUUACUCAAUUUCAUAUUUAAGACUUUACCUUUACUCAUUACCCGUCAUAAUAUUAAAUUUUUACCAGGGCCAUACUCGGUCCUAGUGUCAUACCUACAUUUUUACUCAACACAUACGGUAACAGCCUACGCUGGUAAUUUGAACAUAAAUAUUAUACAUGUACAUACAUUAUACUGUACAUAAUUAAUAUAACUGAAAAAAUCUAUAAUUCCAAAGAAAUAAAUUUAUUUUUGAUACAUUUUGGAAUAACAACCAAUUUUCAAUAGCCUGAAUCUGUUAAUCUAUAAUCUGUUUUAUACUAAAAAUUUGAUCUUUUGUUGAUCUCAUCAUCAAUUAUUAAAGGCCAUGCCUUGUCAUUGGGGCCACUCCUCUCUGUUUGAUGCUACAUUGUUGAGUGAAAUUAGGGACAUACAUCUAUUGGGUCUAAAACCACCUUUCUAAUCUUCUACUAUCUCCUCAGCUUUGUAGGCCACAUUCAAUAAAGCUAUCCCUCUGUAGUUAUUACAAAUUUAUGGAUCAUCAUUUUUAUAAAUUGGAUAUAUUAUCUAAUUCUGUAGUAGUUCUUCUAUAUGGACUAUUAAUUUAUGUAUAUUCAUAACUGUAUCUUCAUAUUUUCCCCUUGUAUUCCGUCCCCUCCUGGUAACUUCUGAUUCUUCAAUCACAUUAUUUAAAACUUUAUUUCUUGUUUUGACUGUACUUAGUAUUCACUUAGGUUGGGUUCCGUAUUUGUCCAUGAAAAGGUAUUUAUGGGGUCAUUACAAUUGAGCUGUUCAAAAUAUAUCUUUCAUUUAUCUAUAAUAUCUGAUUGAGUAGUAAUUAGUGUUUCAUUGUCACAUUUAAAAAUUAUUCAUACUUUUUAUAUCUUCCCUUUAUUUCAUUAAUUUGUUGGAAUACUUGACAUGUGUAGUGUUCCUUUUGAUUCCUUUCUGCUUCCUCUAAAAUAUUUUUUUCAAAAGGUUCUUUUUCGAUCUCUCUAGGGAUCCUGUUUUCUACCAUCUAGUUUCUUGAAUAGCCACGGUCUUAAGUCCAUAUCUCUUUACUUCUAUAUUACAAUAUGUGUUGCUCCAUUAUAAAAUAAUAUGCAAAUAUUCCAUGUACUCAAAAAAAAAUUCAAUUUCUGAUUUCCAUAUUUGUUUUCUUUAGCUUCACUAUUUUGAGGCAUUUCGUUUAGAUCCUGAACAAUGAUUAGUUGUAUUAAUUAGUAUUAUUAUUUAUUACUCUGAAAAUGUUAACAAUUAAAACUCAAAAAUACCAUCAAAUAUAAGUGACUAGAUGACUGAAUUAGUUACAAUUGUUGCCAAUGAUUAGUUUUUAGCGGGAAAACUUUCUAGGAAAAACUUUCAUGAACAAUAGUUUGUUGAUAACAGGCUCUCGUUACGUACCCUUUAUAUCUUAAUUUGUAGUGGUAUAGUACUUAUACAGAGUGAUGAUUAAAACUUUUAAAAUAGUUUGUGUACCCAAGAGUAAAUCUAUAUAGUGUUAAUAAAAACAUUUUUAAUUGUUAAAUUUAACAUUAUCCUCAGUUGUCUAGUUUAUGUUGACAUAAGCUGGAUAAUUUUUAUAUUAUGCAAUUAUAAAUUAAUAAUUAAACAUUAGAUAGUUUUCAACAAUAACUGUAGUAUAUAGAUGUUUACAUAUAUUUAUUGUAUAUGUAUUGUUAUAUUAUAGUAUGUAUGAAACAUUUAUACUAAGAGUUAUAGUCAACUUUUUGUCAUUAAAAUAGUUUAAUCCUUCUUCAUAGUAUCUGUAAUUGAUAUAUAUUUAUUUUAUAUUAUGAUUCAUUAGAUAGUUAUAUUAUCAUUUAAGUAAUGGUUCUUAAUUGAUUACCUCAAUACCCUUAUAUAUUAUAAUAUACAAUAUAAUGUAAUAUAUUAACCUGUUAAUGUAUCUACAUAUCAUUGUAUUAAAUACCUAUUUAAAAAUAUUCAUCACAUAAAUUAUAUUAUAUUUUUAGAACAUUUUUAGUUAAAACUUAACUUUCAAUUAUAAAACAUGAAAAAUUCAUAUUUUUUCAAAUUUUAACCAUUCCAUAAUGUGUGUUUAAAUAAUUGUUUAAAAUUUGUUUAGGUUUCAUUGUAUUUAUUGUAUUUUAUUUAUUAAUUGGAUAUGGAACAUUGUUAUUGAGUAACUUGAUUGGAUUUGCAUACCCGGCUUAUAAAUCAAUUAUAGCAGUCGAAUCUACUGGAACAGAAGAUGACACGAAAUGGUUAACGUAUUGGGUGGUUUUUUCACUAAUUAAUCUUGUCGAGUACCCAGCUGAAAUUAUUUUACAGUGGAUACCUUUUUAUUGUUUAAUCAAAGUAAGUUUAUUAAGAAUUACUUUACUACUGAUAAUAAAAAAUCAAAUGAACAUACUUGCUAUGAUGGGUGGACCAUUGUUGUAGGUGAGAAGGUUGGAAAGGUAGAAUUUAAUGUAUAUUUGUAAAAAAUUAAUCAUUGCUAACAGAAAAAGAUUAUGAGCGAAGUUCAUUUAUACAUGUUGUGAAAGGCUGUAAUAUUUACAAUUAGAAAAUAAUAGUUUCGUACAUUUUCCCGAUUACCUACAAUUUUUCCCAUUUAUUAUAAAAAAAAUAACCUCCCUUUAGUGCCAUCCUAGUCAGAUUUCCUUUCAGAAAAAAUGCUACACUUGAAAAUCAGUGCAAAGUUUUUGGUAGAAAAGUUGUUCACAGAUAAAAUAAAACAUUUAUGAUAUGUACAAUUUUUUGCACAAUUAGCAAAUUUGGUAAUUAAAUAUAAAUGACAAAUAGACAUAAACUUGUUGGAAGGAAAGCCAUUCUGUGAUGGGACCCUAAUUAUGAUUUUGGUUUACACACCUAGAUCAAGGAGAUCAUGGCACCAACGUCUUUUGUGGCAGCGAGGAGAGUUGACAUGAAGAGAUAAUUUGGAGUGGAAUUUUUUAUAGUGUGCUAUGAUUAGAUUUUCAACGGUAUCUUUACAAAGAUCCUUAUGAAGAGAGUGAUGCCAACGAUAUGGUGCUUGGAUAUAUUUUUUUUAAAUAGUUUGGCACCAUAAGCCCAGACGGGUCUAAUCAUGGAUUUGUAUAUCAGAAGCUUGUUUUUUUUUGCGGAAGAUUAGAAUUAAGUAUUGGCCACAAGGAAUGCAGUCUUGUAUUUAAUUACUUUAUUUUUGCUUUAAGGUGGGAUCCCCAGGUAAAUCUUUUGUUUAAAACCAUACCAAGAUAUCUAAUACUUGUUUGUGAUGGAAUAGGAAUUCUUUGGAAUAUUAGAGGUAGUAAAUUUUUUUUAUUAGGGUGAAAGGAACAAGAGCAGAACUCAGCUUUAAUUUUUAUUUUCAAUCUUUGUAACCAAUUUGAGAAUCUAAAAUUAGAUUUUUAACUAAAAUAUUUUUACAAUCUAAGCUAUUUUAUAAAUUGUACUCAAUUUUUUUUUAAAUUUUAAAUACUAUUUUAUAGAGCAUAUUGAUUUUAAUAUGAUGUGUGUUUUUGUAUUUUUCUAUAGCUCCAAAUUGUUUUUCGUUAUCAUUGGUUUUUUGUUGAUUACAUUGGUUACAAGUAUACAUUUAAUGACUUUAUGUAUCCCACCUUCCCCACUACCAUCUAUAACAAUGGCCACACCCAUCCCAGUAUUAGCUCUUUUUUGAUUUUAAAUUAAAGAUAUUCUGUAGAAAAAAGUUAUUACAUUUGCCCUGUUGUAUAUAUUAUAUAUGUUAGUGGAAAUGUAGGGUUUGAGGAAAUAAUGUCAUUGUCAGUACAUGUUAUUAAUUCCUAUGGAUAGUAGGCAAUGAUACAUAAUACUCAGUAAAAUUACAUGAAUAGGAUAAAUAUAUAAGACGAUUCACUAAGCGUGCUCAUUCCAUUUUUUUUUUUUGUUAAAUUUGUUGAAUUUUUAAGUGUAGUUAAAGCCGAUAAUUUCGAAUACUUAGAUUUUACACAACAUUUAUGGAGUAUCAUGUAAUUAUAUCAACUUUGGUUUUUCAAAUGAGAACCUAUAUAUUAAGAAUUCUAUAAAUGUACGGAGUAUUGCUAAAAAAUUUAAUUUUACCCGUUUUCGAGAUUCCACUUUUUAGUUUAGGUAGUGUAAGAGUAGUGAUUUAUGUGAAAGCACGGCAUGUGAAGUUUUAUUAGUGCUCUACUACUCUCCCCCUACCUAAACUUAAAAGUGGAAUAUCUUGUUAACAAGUAGAUGGAAACCAAAAUUUACUUAAACUAAUACUCCGUUUAUUUACGGAAUUUUGAAUGUAUGUUUUCAUUUGAAAAAACAAAGUUGGUAUCACCGCAGGAUAUUCUUUGAAUGUUAUGAAAAAUCUAAAUAUUCGGAAAUAUCAGUUUUAACUACACUUAAAAAUUCCAAAAAUCAGAAUUUGAAUUUUUGAAAAAUUUAACUAAAAAAAUUUGGUGAGCACGCUUAAUGAAUUACCCUAUAUAAUUUGUAAAACAAAUAUUGUACCUUACAUUUCCUACCAAAUAUUAUUGAAAUCAAGUAUAUUUUAUUUUCAUUAAUCAAUGAAAUGUUAAUUAUAGUUUUUUAAAUAUUGAACUAUUAGAUAUUUUUUUUUUUUACCAAUUGGUCCUAUGCCUAAAUGAGUUGGAAAGUGAUGUCUGAUAACAUCGACUUUAUUUUUAUGACGACACCCUAAUUUAGAUUCAUAAAAAUGACAACACACUUAAAACAAUUAAAGAAAUUAAAAUGUUCACACAACGUUCAUGGUAAUUAUGACUAAGAACAUGCUUAUUUACGUACAAAUAAACAACUUUUUUAGCGACACGGGUUGAGAACCACUGUAAUAAAGUAUAGAACUUACAACAAAAGCUUUAUUUGUUUUAAAAAAAUAUAGAAUUUACACUGUAGUGUGGAUUUGACACUUACACAUUUGAUGAUAUAUCUGGUGUGAGUAAUGUAUUUUUUGUUAAAAAUUUAGUAAAAAGUGUAAAUUCUAUUAAACAAAUUGUACAAUUUUGGUUAAAAUGUACAUAGCUAAUUCCUUGACAAUGAUAUAAUUUCCUUACUGUAUUAGGAAUUACCACCAUUUCCUAAACUGUCAACAUUUCUGGUAACAUACUUACAAAACUAAACACUGCAGUAUAUCUAACUUAAAAAUAUAUAAUUCUAACAUUUUAUUUUCAGACCCUAUUUUUUGUGUGGUGUUUUAUUCCAAUUCAUAACAACGGUUCUGUAGUUAUUUACAAUAAAUUUGUACGUCCUUAUUUUUUAAAACAUCAAGAAGGCAUUGAAAAAACAGUAAAUGACUUGUCUAAGAAAGGUAAAUAUAGUUUUAAUCUAUUAAAAACAUAAAAAAACAAUAGCAUUAAUUUUUUUUUUUUUUAAAUGUAUAUAUAAUUUAUUGGAAAAUUAAGUUGCUAAGCUGAUUUAUUUUUAGUUAUUCUAUAUAAGUUUUAAUUGGUGUUUAUACUUUAUUUAUUAGAUUAGUUUCUAUGAAAAUAUUAAUUAAGCUCUUUAAAUUUUGAAUUUUGAUAUGCAUAAUGUAUAAUAUAUAUUCUCAUGUUUUUAUUAAUCAUCAAUAUUUAGUAUAAUUAUUUAAAUACUAUUUUAAAUUAAAUGUAAUCCGCUAUUGUUUGUAAUGUCAUGCUAUAAUAAACAACUACCUAUUAUAAUUUAUAUAUUUUAAAAUUUUGUUACAGCUACUGAAGUUGCAUUUGAGAAACUAGUUGCAGAAAAAGCCAAGUAA